AUGUUUAGUCUCGAUUCUUUUUUUGCCAGGAUACGACAGUGGCACAACUCGAAGGAUAGCAUCGCGUUUUUGGGAUAUAGUGAGCUGGCGCUUUUUUUCCUUUCUUCUUCCAACCUCGCACCGCGUGCGUGGGUUACACAGCUUGACUGUUAUCAGGAUACCCAUAGAGGUCCUAAAAGAAGAAGUGAUCGUGUGGGAGAUCGGGUGGUCGGACUGCCGAUCUUUUCCCAUAUUCACCUCGCUGUGGUCGCGGCCUGUUGUCAGAAGGUGACCAUUCUCACCAACGAUGAACUGGUCUCGCUCGUGGUUUUCUCCCGAACCCCUUUCAUUGGAUCCAUCCUCCUCACCGAUUCCUGCGAGGAUGGGAAAUACGCCAGUGACGAGGAGAACGAUGGGAAAGGGGGCGGGCCCACGGAGGAGUGUUACCGAAGUGGGCUGACGGAGCCGAUGCGCAUCGCCAAGUGUCUGGACGACUUGCUACGCCGCGCGCACCGGGCGGACUGCGUGUGGCGAGGCCGACGUCCGUUACAAAUGCUCUUCGGUACGGAUCCGUCUUUACGAUUGUCGGAGUCGACGGUCGUGCGGGCGCGCUGUGCCGCGGUGAAGGUGCGUCUCGUUGUGCCCUCAGGGAAGGCCGAAGGGGCGUCGUCGGGGGGUUCGAAGCCCAGGUUGAGGUUUCUUUUACCCCGCGCGACCCCACCAGGCCGGUUGGGCCGGGAGGCCCAGGAUAGCGUGCGGCGCCUCGUAUCCCCGUCACCCCCACCCCUGUCGUACGUCGGCUCCAACACCAAUGAGCGCAUUCUGAAUCUUUUUUUUCCCUCCCGCCCGAGCAAGGGCGGGAAACGGGACCGGGAGGAAGGGGGGAGAGGUCCCACCGCGGCGGCGGAUUCGCCGCUCAGCGAGUCGGGCUUCCAAGAGUUAAGUGCGAACCGUCUGCGGGGUGUGUGUUUGCUGCUCCACCUCCAUGGAUACAUUUUGGAGGGGCAGGGCGAGAUGUCUGCACCCCUGCCCUCAAUUGUUGGGCGCGACACGGUGGAGGCCUUGGAGGGGUUCCUCGCCGCCACAGAUUGGGAUGGCACGGAGCAGGAGCUCGGAGGUACCUCAAAUGAGGAUGCCACAGAAAAGGAUCAAAUGAACGGUGAAAAGGAGUCUACUGAGCAACUCCAUACCUUGCUGGGGGGCUGGCAUUUUCGCUGUAGUUUCUGUGCUGGGAAGCCGCCUGUCAGGAUUGACAGGAUCACUCUUCCUGAGCCGGAAGAUUCUGUGCAGACUCCAUCAAAGACGGUUCAAGAGUGCACAUCUGAGCCCAUUCAGCCGGAUGAGUCUCCUGCGCAGCCUGCUGGUGAGGAUGAGACGAAACGCGAUCGUGAAAAUGGAUGCGCCGGAGAGGUGCAGGAUACACAUUCGCAUGAUAGUGAGGAUGCUAACAGCGCAUCUAAUGAAGACCAUCAAGACCCUAGUGGUGACGAGAGUAAGGGGGAGAAUCCUGCUGAAGUCGAUGUGGUUGAUCCAGCACAUGAAUGUUCGAUUCAAACUGAGCAAGACUGUAAUGGACACUCUCCAACCCCUGAGGCGAUAGAGAACGUAUCCUAUCGACCACCUUUCACCCCUAAGCAGCGCCACCCAUCCAUUAUCACGGUAUCACUCAGCGCGCGUGAGCCUCUAAACGGUCACCGCGACUGGUGCCCAUGGAAAAAUUUGUUCUUGGAUGUCGUUCUCAAGGGGCAAAGCGGGGGUGGUGAAGGAGAUGACGCACAGGUGAUUCCUCCACGUUUGGUCUACAUGGAUUUUAGUGUAAGCAACUCGAGUGAAGGUGGGAAGGGGAGUUUCGUUAGCGAAGAGCAUUCGGCUAAAUUAUCGCUACCAUCGUCAGGAGAAGCCUCUGAGUGCUCUCGGGAUCACGAUGCAGGUGAACCAGAACCACCCAAAAAGAUCGAUGAUGGAGCGAAAAAGGAGCAUGUGAAAGAUACGCUACGCUUCCAACUUACUUUCACUGAGAUAGAGCGGCUUAUUACCGUCUGGCGAACUAGUGAAGACAUUGAAAGACGUUUUCGGUACUCAUACCUGGUGAAUCCUUUCCCGGAGAAAGUAUGGCGACUUAGCCGGCGCCAGUUCUUGCCAUCCGCGGAGGCAGGAGAUGCCGUCUCCUCUGUCGUGGAGGGAUCCUCUUCCCCGGUUGCCAUGGAGGCGUUCCUCGCCAAUUUGCAAAAGCGCUUGGACACCGUAGGGAAUGGCGCCGGGGCAGGCCUGGAGGGGUCGUAUCGAGCGGCAAGUGUCGUUUACUGGCCAACUAUGAUGACGGAGACGGCAUCCAGUGGCGGUGGUAUCGGCGAGAAAACCUUGACGUUGGUGGCAGAUACAAUUCAGACCCUCCUGGGGGCUGAGAACUCGACAAAGGGGCUGUCAUCUGUGGAUCUGGCUGAGGAUAGCGCCACGGAUUGUAAAAUCGGCACACGACCCACCACUUCCACGACACCACCCCUCGAUACCACCGGUUCGCAUUUCACCCCUCUCUUGGCGGAAGGCCUUAUGCUGCUGAAAAAGAUGUCGGCCUCAGCCAUCCCCCCCUCUCACACGGGCAGCGCCGCCGAUGCCUCAUCGAAGCGGCAGGAUUUGGCAAAACAGUGUGCGGAUUUCAUAGAACGUAUGGACCGCAAGUGCCUCCCAAAAAUCUGCCCCAUCAUGGAUACCAAGGACGGCGUAGCGGGCAGGGAUCGGAUUGUCUUCGAUGUGUUACAGAAACUUGUGAAACCCACAAUCGCACUGCUUUAUCACGACCACCUUUUUCCUGUUGAGACCAUCGAGGGGUUGUCUAAGCCGACAGCGCCAACCACGACCUCUUCUGUGGAAGCCGCAGAAGCUGGCGUUGGUGUGGGUGUUGGCAUCGACGACAGCGCAAAAGAACCGGAAGUUAAGCCUCAGACCAGUUUAUUGAGCAGUACCGGCGGUGGUGUAGCCUCUAGUGGCGGUAGCUCUUCACUCGGAUGGUUUUGGAGCUCAACAUCGCUGGCGGAUGCGAGGGGCAGUGUCGAAACCUUUUUGAAUGAGCUAAGACAGCGACAACACCCCCAAAAUGCAAAGGUUACCCACGAACCGCAGCAACCGUCGUCUAAAGUUUCAAGGCUCUCGCCCCAAAUUGCUUCUUCAGUUGGUCCAACCAUUCAACAACGUUCACUAAGCCCCUCAAAACCCCCGUCAUUUCAGGAUGCGACGAGGUUCUUGAAUGCACCGAACUCGUCGUCUACGUAUCAUUCGGAAUCUUUGGAGCCCCAUGAACAUCGCGGUGCGAGGCGCUCGGCAGCGUUAACCUCUCGAUCCCCAGCGUUGGAUCCGCCGGACGGUUUCUCCGCGUCUCCGAGCGUGUUCACGAACCCAGUAGCGAGCCCGGAUUGGAGGGGGUUCCCCAUGUUGCCAAAGGAGCCCUUGUUGCCUUCUACGUGGGAUCGUUCGACCGCCAUAUUGCCUAGUGGGGCCUCCCAUCCCACUCCUUCUUCUUCUACGGAUACGUCAGUUCUUGGAUCCGUACGAUUCCAGAAAAAACAGUCGAGGUGGGGACCUCAGGCCUCGCAUCACGAGUUGCCCUACCAGCCAUUCCGGCCACGACGACCGCUGUCGCCGUCGAAAGUGGUAUUUUCAUCCCCUCCCAUGCCCCAGGAGUCGUUUGCAUUUGCACAUCCUUCCAAUGUGAAUGAAUUUCAGCCUCCUUUCACCAGGGUAACUGAAGGGAGGUACCCAACCAACAGCGGCGGUGUUGGCAUGGGAACGCAUAAAUCAGAUAGUGGAAUUUUUCCAACCUCUGAUAACGACCCCAACACAGCGCCGCCAUCAAUGCAGGAUCCUUUUUCAUCAUCACACCUUUCCUCUGGCCCUCAUGCGCAUAUGCUCAGUUUUGCGGACCCUGGUAAUGAACCCUACUACCAAUCUUCCGCCCGUUACCCACCUGGAUUAUACUCUCAGGGAAACCAAGGUAUUUUGGAUGGUGAUCCUAAUAUUGCUACUCUGCAGUCUGAGAAACAGCAGUCAUCUCAACCUCACCGGCCCCGCCGGGGUGGUGGGGUGGCAGGUGGACGCCGCAGAAGAGGGGGUGGUGGCGGUCGAGGUGGCCGUGUGCGUAGAGGAUCUUAG